UUGGAGGAAGAGGGUCUCGGGUGGAGUGACGCUGAGGUGGUGAGGGUGCUGGUGGCUGCCCGCUGCUGCCCUUCGGUAGCUCGUCCCUCAACUCUGUGGUGAAUGGCGACCGGAUGGAGCGCUAGGGGAGCGACGGCAGCGGCGGGUGGGCCGGGUUAUGGGCGCCCCGAGUCCGGGCGGCGUCCCCGGUGUGCCGCUGACCUGCUGGGUGGGCGCUGUCCUCCUGGAGGGGGUUCCCUCUGCUCUCCCGGACCCCUUUACCCGUCACUUCCUCGCCGGUCCCUGAGGCGGGUCCCCGGAGCCCCGCUGGGCGUGAGGUGCAGGGAGCGGCCGCAGGUGGACCCGGGGCCGCCACCCGAGCGGGUCUUGGCCUAGAGCUUCCGAGCUGCACCCCACGAGCCCGGGAGGCGGUGGUCCCCGCCAUGCCUGGGUUGCCCCACGGCGCCCGGCCUCCUUCGAGGGGACUCGGAGCGGCCCGGCCCGGCUGAGGAGUAAGAGCUCGCGCUCCCCUUGCCCGGGGGCUGCAGCCCGGCCCCUCAGCGCGGGCGCUCGUUCGCUGAUCGCGGGCGCCUGGGGCCAAAUCCACCCCCUCCGAGACCCGCUCCGCUUUCUAGGAAUCUCUUUCCCAGACCUGGUGCCACCUGUUGCCGCGUCUUCCACCCGCCCUUCCAGAUCUUUGGCACAGCUUCCUUUGAACUCUUCCUCCCCGCUGCAGCUUGAGCUGGGCCUGCUAGGAGGGUUGCUCAGAAUUCUAAUGCCAGGAAGAACGCUCCGUGCCCGGAAAGCUGGAGGGAGGAGAGAGGACUUCACCUGGGAAGGAGGAGAAAGGCUUUGAGGGGAGGCACAGUUAUUUGUGUGGUCCUUGAAAGGCAAGAAGACUGGGGCCCGUGGCCCUGAAAGGGGAGGUGGGGCUCCCAGCAGAGGGGACUGAGAUCUUCAUAAACAGUGAGGGACCAGAGCAGAGGGAACGAGAUUCCAGACUCUAAUUCCAAACAAGGCACCUGUGAUUUCUCAUCCCCUGGGCAGCGACUGCCAGGCGCCUUUCAGCGGACACCUGGGACUUGCAGUGUUAUGUGCCCAGGGAUUUUCCCGGACGGGAUUGUGAAGUAGUGGCAGGACAGCGGGUCAUUGUGUAUGUACAGAAGUGAUGUGGAUUCCUCCCAGACUCAUUAGUGACCAGGGCUGCUGGCCCUGUUUGGGUUUCCUAGACUAGAGAAGAAGACAGGAACCAGGAUGGGAAGAUGGACAUGUUACAUUUCAAGCUGGAGCUGCCCCUGCAGUCCACGGAGCACGUUCUCGGUGUGCAGCUCAUCCUGACUUUCUCCUAUCAAUUACACAGGAUGGCGACCCUCGUGAUGCAGAGCAUGGCAUUUCUCCAGUCCUCCUUUCCUGUCCCGGGAUCUCCAUUAUACGUGAACGGAGACCUGAGGCUGCAGCAGAAGCAGCCGAUGAGCUGUGGUGGCCUAGAUGCCCGAUACAAUAAGGAAGGACAGAGUAAAUGGGCUUAAAUUGUUGCAAGAGAGUUUAUUCAUCUUUGAAGAGAAGAUUAUUGAUGCUGCAGUAGGCCACCAAGAACAAGAGGGGGACCAGCUGUGGGACCAGCCUGGGUGGGCAGAAGGGUGAAGGAAAAGAGGAGGAGCCUCCCAGAUGCUCACACCACAUCCUCCUCCCGUGUCCCAGAUAUCCGUCAUCAACGGGACCAGCCCCUUUGCCUAUGACUACGACCUCACCCAUAUUAUUGCUGCCUACCAGGAGAGGAACG